AUGAAGACACUACAUGAGCCCAAAAUAUGUGCACUUAUCUCCGCAAGAAUCCUGCAGCAGCAUCUUCACCAAGGAACUGUAGGCUCCUCUCAUCUGAAGACUUCAAGCAACUAUGACUCCUCUGUCUCUCCUCCUGUCCAUUCUGCUCCUUCUGUCUUUCUUCAGCACUAUGUCUUGCAGUCCCAUGUGCAAUAACCAGUGCUGUCGUUUCGUGGAGAACUUCCCUGUCCGGCUAAGGAAGCUCCGACAGGACUACUCACAGAUCCGAGAUUUCUUUGAAGCAAACGACGACCUCGACGAAGCGCUGCUGGACCAGAGCGUGGAGGACUCUUUCAAAAGCGAGUUCGCCUGUCACGCCAUAAACAGCAUCCUGGACUUUUAUCUCGGCACGGUUUUGCCGACAGCUCUGGCCGGAGUGACAGACGAGACCAGGGGCUUGAAGCCGCACAUGGAGUCGAUACAGCAGAUCUUCGACGCUCUCAAGGGUGAUGUCACGAAAUGUAGACAUUACUUCUCAUGCAAGACACAGUUUGACAUCAAACAUCUGAACUCUACCUACACUCAGAUGGAGAGUAAAGGUCUGUAUAAGGCCAUGGGGGAGCUGGACCUGCUGUUUAACUACAUUGAAGCAUACCUGGCUUCUAAACGACACAGAAACCUCGAGACCUCUUCAUGAAGUGUUGACCCUGAUCAAAAAUGUGACCUUGUUCCUCUGAGGAAUAAGAAAAAUAGUCAACUAAAUCAUGCACUCUUGUGCAGACAGUCCGUUAUUUUCAUUGCUGUUGUUUUACUUAUUUCAUGUUGAACUGAGUUCUGUUGGUCUGACAGUUGUUUUACUUUUUUGUCCUGGGGACAAUUUUUUCUGUGUUGACCAUAUUGAGUCCAACAAAAGUCCUACAAACUGUCAAUGAAGAGAAUAUUUAUUUUUGUAUCAAACAUCUUAAAUUAUGUAUUUUUUGUAUUUAUGCUGUUUAUUGUUCUUAAAAUAAAUGACUAAUUUGACUCCUUA